AUGUCCAAAAUCCAAAGGCACAUGACUGAGAAGAUAUUAAACUUCACAAUGGAGAUCAUCUACCUACUGACCGGAGAGUAUUAUAAAGUAGUGAAGAAAGUAUCUGGUGAUCCAUUGACACCCAACAGCUGUCUACAUGAGACAUCACCCAUCACAGAGCUUCCACCUCACUGCCUGACAACAGAGAUACGCAAUGUCAAGAAGAUUCUAAAAGUCACCCAGAAGAUGAUUGAGCUACUGACAGGAGAGGCUGUAGAACUGAAAGACAUCAAAGUUGAGGUUAAAGAAGAAGAAGAGACAUUGGUGGGUGGAGCUCAACAGUCUAUGGAGGAGGGGGAGAUGAUUGUGAAGAGUAAAGAAGAGGAAUCUUCUCUACAUAUGGACACAAAUGGAAGACAUGUCUGGAAUAUGACGGAGAGACGUCUUAUUCUAUCUACAGGUUGUUAUGAAGGAGAUGAUGACAUCACACAACAUUCUCCAGGAUUGAAUCCCAUUACUCAUAAUAGACAUCACAGACCUGCCCAUUCAGAGACAUCAAUGGAUCCCUCUAAUCCUGAUGAAUCUUCCGACCAAUCACAGACUGUUACUCCAGAUACACAUCUGAGAUCUGACUCUACAGAAAGAUCAACAUAUCCUAAUCCCGAGGAAUCUUUAUGUUACGGAAUUCACACAGGACAGAGGUCACUGUCAAGUUUGGUGUGUGGGAACAUAGCACCUGUUAGACAUGAAAAAAGUAAGACAACUGAGCGUCCCUAUUUAUGUCCAGAGUGUGGGAAGUGUUUCAUUCACAAAGCAAGUCUUCUUAGGCACCAGAGAAGUCACACAAGUGAACGUCCUUAUUCAUGUUCAGAGUGCGGAAAAUGUUUCAUUGACAAAGGAGACCUUCUUAAGCACCAGCUUAUUCACACAGGUAAGCGGUCGUAUUCAUGUUCAGAGUGCGGGAAAAGUUUCAUUUGGAAUGGAGAACUUCUAAGACACAGAAAAAUUCACACGGGUGAACGUCCCUUUUCCUGUUCAGAGUGCAGGAAAUGUUUCACUGAGAAAAGAGACCUCAUUAUACACCAAAGAAGACAUACGGGAGAGCGUCCGUUUACUUGUUCAGAGUGUGGAAAAUGUUUUACUGAAAAAGGACACCUUAUAAGACACCAGAGAAUUCACACAGGUGAACGUCCUUAUCCAUGUUUAGAGUGUGGAAAAAGUUUUGCUGAGAAAAGAGACCUUAUAAUACACCAGAGAAGUCACACAGGUGAGCGUCCAUUUUCCUGUGCAGAGUGUGGAAAAUAUUUUACUGAGAAAGCACAACUUCUUCGACACCAGAGAGUUCACACAGGUGAACAUCCUUUUUCAUGCUUGGAGUGUGGAAAAAGUUUCCCUGUGAAGGGAAAACUUAUUGUACACCAGAGAAUUCACACUGAGUGCAGAAAAAGUUUCAGUCAGAAGGGACACCUUAUUAGACACCAGAAAAGCCACACGGGGGAGCGUCCUUUUUCCUGUUUAGAAUGUGAAAAAUGUUUUACCGAGAAAGGAGAUCUUUUAAGACACCAGAGAACUCACAGUGAGUGCGGGAAAUGUUUCUCUAGGAAGGGAAGUUUGGUUAUACACCAGAAAACUCACUCUCGAAAUGGCCCUUCAUAA